AUGGCCCUACCAAGGAACCCCGACUCUGCAACUCCACCUGUCACUUCUGCCGAUACCGUGACCGUCGCCGGAGCCGGGACCGCUGGACGGGAUGCAUCGCCGAAACCGGUUCCGAGAGACCGCUCGUCACUACCCCCCGGGCCACCACCACCCUCAACAGGAUCAACGCCCCCCAGGAUACGGCGAAAUACGGCCUGCAUUCGGUGCCGAGAUUCCAAGGUGAGGUGUAAUGCAAGUCUUACUCCGGGACAGCCGUGUCUCCGGUGCACCAAGCUAGACCUUGAGUGUAUCGUGGACAAGAACUACAAGAGAGCGUCCAAAAAGAGCAAGCUGGAAGAGUUGGCGGCGGAACUCCAGUCGCUCAAGAACACUGUUGCUCCAAGACCUUCACUCGGUGGCCUCACUACUGAACUGCCUCCUAUACGUCCGGUUCAGUUCUCGAGCGCGAGUCCGCCAGUCCCUUCACUCCCACAGCUCACCCUACCUGGAACCCUAUCUGGAACCUUGGCUGGAGGACUACCUACUCCUGGAACCCUACCCGGGCCCUUUCUCUCUGGCCUUGGUGUUCCAACACUACCGCCGCCCAUCUUCACUCGGCCAAGGCCCUUCUCGAUAUCCAGCGAAGCCUCCACUCUUACUCCCAGAGCAAGCGAUGCUGCCUCUGUUAGUUUUAGUCUGGCUGGGCUGAGGCGUCCAGCUCAACCUCGAGCCCUCGGCUCACGUGUAUUCUCCGGAGACGACAUAAACUACUAUUUCGACAGAUACUUUGAGCACUUUCACCCUUACUUCCCCGUCGUUCGCCAGCGGGAUCCAGAUGUCUGCUAUGAGAGGGGCCAUGUCCUCUUUUGGGCCAUCAUCAUGACGGCAUGCCGUCGGUUUGCCAAGGAUGACUCGGUGUAUCAGUUUUUGAUGGACUCGCUGUUGCCGGAAAUAUGGAACACGAUAUCACGGCCGCCCUUGAAGCUGCCCAUCAUAAACGCCUUGCUGCUCGUGGCGACAUGGCCAUUCCCUGAUAUCAGGUUCUUGACUGAUCCGUCAAUGAUCUUUACGGGCAUAGCUAUGAACUCGGCUCUCUUGAUUGGGCUUCAUACCGGCCGUGGCGCUCAUACAGAGUUUACUGGACUUCUUGAUAAAGUCGAUACGACCGAUGAGGAGGCAACGUACACAUGGGCUGGGUGUGCUAUCAUAUCUCACCGAGCUGCUGCUUACAUGGGAUGCCCGUCUCCGAGUCUACUAUUCAACCAGACCAUAGACUCGCUCCUAGACGGGAGUAGCUCGAUAUCAAUGCCUCGCUACUUCAUUUUGCAUCUAGAAACCGCCAGGUUUGCUAACAAACUCAUCAGCACCAUGUCUGCCUCUCUCGAGCAGUCCCAAGGUGUCUCGCAUCGCUUAGUGGCGCAAAUGGAAGAGGAGUACAGUAAAAUUCAAUGCUUGCUGUACCCUGAUAACUCAGACCUCGACCACUUCAUCCUUCUCUCCACCCUCCUCGAGAUCCAAACCUACUACUUCAUGCCCCUCCCCGGCUACAGCGAAGAGAUGCUCAAGCGGAACGUCAUCAAGUGCUACACCACCGCCGAAGCGAUCAUCAACCUAGCCCGCUCCCUCCAAAGCCAGUCUGCCUUUUUGCACUACUCGCCCAACUUUGUCUUUCGCACUUUGCUGAGCGCCAUCUGCGUGUUCAUGACGCUGAACCUCGCCCAGCCCCCGUAUACCAAAAACCACAGUAAUGCACUUAAUGCCUCGUACAUGGGCGAUAUCAAUAACAACACGAACAGCCCUAACGGCAGAAGCACUCACAACAACAGCAUCGGCAACAGAAACAGUAGCACCACAAGCAACAGCAGCGGCAACAGAACAGGUGCCGCAUCUCCCAGCAGUGAUACGGCCGACCUCUUCGUCCGCGAAGCCCUCCGCAUGAUCCGAUGCUGCUCCGUCCAGCGCGACGACCUCGUCAUGCGCGCUUCCAACAUGGUAGAGAAGUACUGGAACAUGCGGCAUGCUUUGCCCCGCUACGAAACAUUGCUAGAUCCCACCGAUCCUAACACCAACAGUCCCCAACAUCCGCACCGGCAGCAAGAGGAUGGGAUGCGAGGCGCGACGACGGUGUUUAGACAUCGGCUGGGGUCUAGUCUGACAUUCGGGUGUUUGAGGAGGUGGAAGCAGCAUGUUGAGAAGGCGAGGGCGAGUGUGGGGGGGAUGAAUCCUCCGGGACAUCAGGGAGGCCAGGGACAGCAAGGAGGGCGAGAACUGGGCGGUCAGUACCAGGGGCAGCAAGGUCAACAACAAGGGCAGCAGGGACAGCAGGGCCAGCAGGGUACGGGAGUUUACGCUGGUACAUACGGGCAAGGACAAUACCCAGGCGCCGGUGUGGGUGGGAUAAGACCAGGUGAUCAGGGUAUGAGUGGACAGGAAGUGCAGAGUAUGCAUGGUGAUGGAAGUGGUGAAAGCAUUCACGGAAGACUAUCCAACAAUCCCGACUCCUCUUCUCUCGGAUUGGCAGACCCUUUCCAACGGCUCGAAUGGAACGCGUUUAUGGACGACUUUGAUUGGAGCUUUACCAACAAUUACUUGGGUGUUGGUCCCAUGUAG